AUGCUGCAGCCAAACAGCUCGCCUUGGAAAAGAAUAUCCUCAACGCUGAGAUCAUCCGAUUACUAUUCCCCAACAAAGAAGACACCUGAAAAGUGCCAGCAGAAAGCAGAGCUAUCUGCAAAUGGAUCUCCUUUACCCAGUACCUUCCGAUUCACCCCUACAAAAGGGAAGAAACUAUAUCCCCACUUGAAUCCUCCCGAUAGACGACUAUUGCCCAAUUCGAGUCCUUCCUACAGUGAUAACAACGACCACGAUGAAAGCUAUAUGGUGAAAGACAACACUUCUUUCCUUUCUGCAAUGGACACGUUGGGAAAGCAACUUUUUUCAUCCAAUAUAUCAAACAAAGUUGUGAACGAAUUUAGCUCCAGGUACGAAAAAGUGCGAGAAGAGUCCAUUAGUACAGUUCAAGAGUUGAAUAAUAGAACAACCAACGAGCAACUCAACCGAAGGGCAUCGGGAAGAUUCUCGUCUACACAUCGAAAUAGGUUCAAUAGAAUGGAAUCAAUUGCGUUUCACUAUGCUGCUAAGCGUUCACAGAAAUUGGAAAACGAAAAGAAUGAAAACGAAAUAACAAAUAGUGGAGCUAAGAAAGAAAAUCAUAAUGUUCAAAGAAAAUUUGUGCCCGCCACCGAGACAAUAGAAAUAACGCAAUAUAGCACAUUAACUCCAGGAGACAAGCGAUUUAACUCUAAGCCCUUGGAAAGUGCCAGUAAAAGACUGAGACUUGAAGGAAAUAAAUUCAAGGAAAUUGAUUUAGAUUCCAGUCCUACAAAAUCGCUCUAUGAGAAGGAACAACUCAAAAAUAUAUAUUCCACUCACUCGUCCGCUACUAGAGAUAGUUCUAGCUCUCAUUCCGGUGUCAGCAAUAUACCCAGUUAUUUACAACCAACCAAAGCUUCACUGCGAAAAUCCAAUUCCAGUAGUCAAAUAUCACCGUCGAAAUCCUCAAAGUCACUAUUUAAUGCUCUUGGUGACCAACUAAAAACUCCUGUGUUGAGACCUCAGGAUGCCUCAUUGAAAAAGGGUCUGUCAAAGUCUCCUUCUUUUUCCCAACCAAAUCCAUUGCCAGGUGCAACUUCACAAAACUCGAGUCCGAUGCAGAAAAUCUCACCUUCCAGGGCAUGUUCUAAUUUGAACAAGCUGUUGAACACACCUCCGCCUUUGGAAGCGCAAGAAAAUCGACCUCUGGAAGUACCUCAGCUCAAAUCAACAACUAACAGCCAUGCUAAUGUCAAUUCAUUGCACACAAAAAUUCCACGGUCCCGAACCCUAGGACCUAUUUACAACGAUUCGACGUUCAUUCCAAGCUCUAAAACUUCCAAGAUAUCUACCAGCAAAUCUCAUGUCUCUAGUGUCAGUGUGAAUAAUUUACGAAGUCUAUCAGGAUCAUCAUCCAUUCCGAGAUUGGCCAGAUUAGCAAACGCAGAAUCUCGUGUUGGGCUGGCUUCUAAACACGAGAGGGAAAAGCCACUCAAACCCUGGAGGUAA